CAGCCCUUCUCUUAAUUUGUGUGUGUGCGUGUGCGCGCGCGCGCGUGUGUGUGGUUUCUUUCUGGCUAUCCUCCUGGAAGUAUAGAGCCUUGUAACUGUUGGGUAGUGCUAUCUAUACCUUCAGAGAGUAAGUAGAUAUGCCCUCUUUAGUGAAGCGCUUGGUCUUAUCCUUCUGCCUUGUUUCUUGCUGUAAAUUGACAUUCCCUUCUUUUCCAGUUCAUACAUAGGAAUUCAUGCAAAGGAGGUGACAUUCGAAAAUUCAAACUUAGAGUUGUAUUUCGAAUCUGGAAGGAAAAUGAAAUGCGAAUAAAUUCAUGCAAGCAAGCAUGAUCUGGGUGUAUGUAAGGUUAUCUAAGUGUCGUUUUUAAACAAUUUGACUAAUACAGAAUCAGAUACCUUCAUGUAAAGCACAGGACUUCAAUUCUGUGUCUGAUGGUUGUUGAGAUUAUUAUAGACAAGGUGUAUAAACACCUAAGCAGAGGUCUGUGUUCUCAUAUCACAGAAUAGUUGGGAAAAAAGGCUGUAAACUUAAUGCCUUAGAGUCAAGCCUGCAAAAGAAGUGUGUUCCUGUGAGAAAGAAGCUUCUAGAUGGAAUUGAACAGCGUCUUCAGUUUCCUUUCUGCCAAGAUGUUUCUGUUGGCUGGUAAGAAGACUGAGGAUGCCUCUGGUGACAAAACAACUGAGAGAUCCUGACAUAAAUCCUUGCUUGUCGGAGACUGAUGCUUCUGCCAGAUGUAUGGCUGAAAAUAACUAUAACAAGGAAAGGUGUUCCAGUUGUUUCUUGAAGUACAAAAACUGCCGGAAAUUCUGGAAUUCUAUCAUGGUCCAAAGAAGACAGAAUGGAGUGAAGCCAUUUAUGCCUACAGCAGCAGAAAGAGCUGAAAUCUUGGGAGCAAUGGGAAAGAUGCCCUAUUGAAUGUUUGCAUUAAAAUUUAUGAUAUAACUAGAA